GUACGAACGAACACUUCCGCUACUAAUGGACUGCUUCCGUAAAUGCGCAGAACAAAUGCGCAGUGAAUGCAUACCAAAUUCCAUAGACAAGCACUAAACAUAAACAAAAUAAAUUUAAACCGGCGUUUCUUGUAGUUAAUGUAUGGCCGGUGUUAAUCGUAUGAGCAUGAUGGAGCAAGUACAUUUAGGAGGAGAAGAUGAAGAUGAUGUCUAUGGUGGAUUUAAUGACUACAAUGCAACACUAGACACUGAUGAUUUGGCCAAUGACCCAAGUUUUCAGAAAGCAGUAUUGAGAACAAGUCAUGGUAGACGUCCACCCCCUACUGGAUUCCGAGGAGGAGCUGGGGCAGGGGCUCCUGUACUUGGUGGUGCAAGGAUGGGAACUGCUAUGAGAGGGGGUAGAGCUGGUCCCUCCUCAAUGGGACGUCCAAUAACUGGUGCAGCAGCUGGCCAGGAUCCCCAGGCUAGACCAAUGACAGCUGUAAGGGCAGCAGGUUAUACUGCUGUAGGGAAAAGAGGAGUUGCUGGGUUUGAUCCUCUCAACCAAGCAGCUGGUCCAGCGCCACCCUUGGAGCCUAAACCUGAAGACAGUCCUGAAGAAAAGAUCCGCCAGUUAGAGAAGAAAGUGAAUGAACUUAUUGAGGAGAGUUGCUUUGGUAACAGUCGUGGAGAACUAAAUUUGGCAUUAGAGAAGGCAAAGGAAGCUGGUCGUAAGGAAAGAGUGUUGGUGAGACAGCGAGAACAGAUGUCCAUGGGAGAUCAGAUUAACCUUGAUCUAACAUAUUCGGUACUAUUUAACUUGGCCAACCAAUAUGCUGCCAAUGAGAUGUAUAAUGAGGCACUGAAUACAUACCAGGUCAUUGUAAAGAACAAAAUGUUCAGUAAUGCAGGUCGACUGAAAGUGAAUAUGGGGAACAUUUACUUCAAGCAGAAGAACUACCCAAAGGCCAUUAAGAUGUACAGAAUGUCACUGGAUCAAGUUCCAAACUCUCACAAAGAAAUGAGGACUAAAAUCAUGCAGAACAUUGGUAUUGUGUUUGUGAAAAUGGGACAGUACAGUGACGCUAUCACUUCUUUUGAGCACAUUAUGUCUGAGGCACCAAGUUUUAAAACUGGUUUCAACCUGAUAUUGUGUUACUUUGCCCUUGGCGAUCGUGAAAAGAUGAAGAGGGCAUUCCAGAAACUUCUCACAGUAGAUCUGAAGAUUGACGAUGAGGAUAAAUAUCUGCCGCACGGGGAUAAAGAUGAUGAUAAAAUAAGCCAGGAAGAUAAACAGUAUAAUUUAGUACUGGAGAUGAUCAAGAAUGAUUCAUUACGACAGAUUGAAAGAGAAAGGAAAUACGAGGCUGAGAAUUGUAUAAAGACUGCAGCAAAGAUUAUCUCGCCAGCUAUAGAGGUGAGUUUCGACGCAGGGUACGACUGGUGUGUGGAGCAAGUGAAGAACUCGCAGUACAUUGACCUCGCUCACGACCUCGAGAUUGACAAAGCUAUCAUGUUCCUCAAACAGAAAGAUUUCAACCAGGCAAUAGAUACAUUGAAGUCAUUUGAGAAGAAAGAUUCAAAAGUUGCGUGUACUGCAGCAACAAAUCUUAGCUUUCUGUACUUCCUGGAGAAUGACCUUGCCCAGGCAGACAAGUAUGCAGAGGUUGCCAUGACGGCAGACAGAUACAAUCCUUAUGCAUUGGUAAACAAAGGCAAUGUGUUGUAUUCUAAGGGAGAUUUUGAGAAAGCUAGAGAGUUUUUCAGAGAAGCAUUACAGAAUGACUCGUCCUGUGUGGAGGCCUUAUAUAACUUGGGUUUAACAAACAAAAAGAUAGGUCGUCUGGAGGAUGCUCUCGAUGCCUUUUACAAACUACACGCUAUUUUAAGAAAUUCUCCACAAGUUAUAUUCCAAAUAGCAGACAUUCAUGAUCAACUUGAAGAUUCUGCACAAGCUACAGAGUGGUUCAUGCAGUUGAUUGGUGUGGUACCCACAGAUUGUUCAGUUCUUGCUAGAAUGGGUGAAAUAUAUGACAAUGACGGUGAUAAAUCUCAGGCAUUCCAGUACUACUAUGAUUCCUACAGAUAUUUCCCAUCCAAUAUACCUGUGAUAGAAUGGCUAGGCGCUUAUUAUAUAGACUCCAAAUUCUGUGAAAAAGCUAUCCAUUAUUUUGAGAGAGCUGGUAUAGUACAACCAAAUCAAGUAAAGUGGCAUUUAAUGAUAGCCAGUUGUCAUAGACGAAGUGGAAAUUAUAACCAAGCCUUGGAAACAUAUAAAUUUAUACACAGAAAAUUCCCAGAUAACGUAGAAUGUCUUAAGUUCCUUGUACGUAUAUGUUCGGACCUUGGAUUGAAAGAAGCUCAAGAAUAUGCCACAAAAUUGAAGAAAGCCGAGAAAGCUAAAGAGUUGAAGGACCAGCGUGCCAGUAGUGGUACUCGGCGUGGAUCUGGACGCAGAAGAGAAGGAAGUGCUGAAGCCGAUCGUGAAACAAGUGCUGGUACGAGAGGAGCAGGUAAACGAGGGGCCGCCAGAAGACGACCAAAUCUCGACGAUGCAGAUGAAGAGUCAUUCCAACCACGUAAACAGGAAGUUGAUUCAAAUUACGUUGAUCCUCUUGGACCUCAAAUGGAAAGACCAAAAACGGCUGCAAAGAGACACAACCUGGAUGAUGAGUUUGCCGAUGAAGAACUAGGCGAUGAUCUUUUACCAGAAUAAACUCACUCAUUUAUAGCCGACUCAUUAUGUUCG